UCAUCGCAGGAGCUGCCGGGAGGGGAAACCGCUCACAGUCCGGGCCGAGCAGGUGGAUUUGUGCUUUGGAUCCGACAGCAGGAUGCUCCAGCUUCCAUGUUAGCAGCAAUGAGACCAUGAGGAGGUGACCGGGGCUGUGCGGCGCUGACAGCAGGGGAGCUGACGGUAAAUGAGAGGCCGUCACCAUGCCCCCGGGGAAGUAUGGGACGCAGGAGGAGUGGGACAAGGAGGGGGAACAGGACAUGGAUUUCCUGCUGCCUACCGGGAUCUUCCUCAAAUUCCCUGUGUCGCAAAAUGACACCAUCAGAAACAUCAAGAAAAUGGUUUGGAAAAACGCCAGUCGCGAGGCUCUGUUCUGUGCACUGGGUGAUCCCGAUCUGUACGUCUUCACCUGCAUCAACCAGACGGCAGAGCGGGAGGAGCUGGAGGAAGAGUCGAGGCGCAUCAGUGACGUUCGGCCUUUCAUGCGUGUUCUGAGGCUGGUGGCGAGGGAGGGGGACCGGAGCGAGAAGCUCACCAAUGCCCAGAUCAGUCUGCUGAUUGGCAAGGGUCUGCACGAGUUUGAAGCUCAGAAGAACCAUGAGGUGGACGAGUUUCGAACCAAGAUGCGCACGUUUUGCGAAGAGAAGGCAGUGGAGCGGCAAAAUUUACCCUGGCAGCGGUGGAUGGAGUACAGCUUUCCGUGUGAGCUGGAGCCAUCACCGGCAGCCAGCGGGAGCGCAAAGUCGAAGCACAGCAAGAAGCUCUUCAUCAACAUAAAGUUUGAGUCGAGCGAUGAAAGCUUCAUGCUGCAGCAGGACUGCCAGGACCUCCCUGUGGCGCUGAUGAAAAGCGCGCUGAAAAAGAAGGCCACAGUUUUCCGUUCUGUGCGGCAGGAACCUGAGGAUUACACCCUGCAGGUCAACGGGAGAUGGGAGUUCAUCUACGGGAGCCACCCGCUGUGCCAGUUCAAGUACAUUUUCUCAUGUAUGAGGAACGGUCAAAACCCGCAGCUUACCAUGGUGCACCACUCCACAAUCAGCAAAUACCAGGAGGAUCAAGGCAGAGUGGGCAGUCAGAUGUACAAAACCCGCUCCCUGUCCAGACCUCCCCCUCUGCCCCUGAAGAAGCAGAACACGUCCUCCCUCUGGUCCAUAAAUGAGCCCUUUUACAUCCACCUUCUGCAAGGUAGCAGAGUCAACGCAGAUGAGGGAAUGAAGCUGGUGGUGCAGGCCGGUCUCUUCCACGGCAGUGAGCUCCUCUGUAAGAUGAUGACGACAACCACCACUGCUGCUCUUUUCCAGGACUGUCCCAUUGCCUGGGUGAACACCAUGGUGUUUGACUACAAGGACCAGCUGAAGACCGGGGAGUUCCUCUUAUCCAUGUGGCCAUCUGUACCAGAUGACAAAAGUGACCUGUUGAACCCAAUGGGAACAGUCGAGAAGAACCCCAAUGUAGACAGCGCUGCUGGGCUCCUCAUUCGCUUCCCAAACAUCCGGCCUCACCCGCUCUAUUACCCUCCACUUGACAAGAUUAUCAAUCCAGAAAGGAACGGCGAAACAGUUUUCCCCCCUAAAGAUGAGUACUUAAGACUAAAAGAAAUUAUGGACAACAAAAAUUACACUGAGUUUUUUGAGGAUGAGAAAGAGCUCAUGUGGAAGCUGCGUGCAGAGGUCCGUGACUAUUUCCCCGAGUGCUUGUCCAAGCUGCUCCUCAUCACGAAGUGGAACAAGCGUGAGGACGUAGUUCAGAUGGUGGGUUUACUGAAAAGCUGGCCUGAACUUCCUGCCAUUCAUGCCUUGGAGCUGUUGGACUACAGCUUUCCGGACCCAGCAGUACGGUCCUUCACCAUCAGAUGCCUCAAGAAGCUCAGCGAUGAUGAGCUGUUACAGUAUUUGAUCCAGCUGGUCCAGGUGCUGAAAUAUGAGUCCUACCUGGACUGUGAUCUCGCCACCUUCCUGCUGGAAAGGGCGCUGUCCAACAGGAGGAUAGGACACUUUCUGUUUUGGCAUCUUAAAUCUGAGAUCCAUGUGGCAUCGGUGAGUUUACGUUUUGGUCUGAUUCUGGAAGCAUACUGCAGGGGAAACAUCCACCACAUCAAGCUUUUAUCCAAACAGAACGAGGCUCUGGGUAAAAUGAAGGCCCUGAGCGACAUCGUCAAGACGGCCCAGAAAAUGACCGUGGACGACUUGAAGCUGUGCAUCAGACAGGAGUCAUACAUGGAGGCGCUGUCUGACCUGCUGUCGCCGCUCAACCCCAGCGUCAUCCUGUUUGCGAUCUGUGCUGAUAAGUGUCGAUUUAUGGACUCGAAGAUGAAGCCUCUCUGGCUGAUGUACAAGAACCCUUUGGAACAAGCAGACAUGGUGGGCAUCAUCUUCAAAAGUGGAGACGAUCUGCGGCAGGACAUGUUAACCCUGCAGAUGAUCCGACUCAUGGAGAAUCUCUGGAAGAAAGAGAAUCUGGAUCUCAGGAUGAUCCCGUACAGCUGCCUGUCCACCGGAAACAAAACGGGACUCAUCGAGAUAGUGAAGAACUCCGACACGAUUGCCAACAUCCAGAGGAACAGCAGCAACAGCGCGGCCACUGCUGCCUUUAACAAGGAUGCCUUGCUGAAUUGGCUGAAAUCCAAGAACCCAGGGGACAAACUUGAUCAGGCAAUAGAGGAAUUCACGCUCUCCUGUGCUGGCUACUGUGUAGCUACUUACGUGCUGGGGAUCGGUGACCGCCACAACGACAACAUCAUGAUCCGGGAAACUGGACAGCUGUUUCACAUUGAUUUCGGACACUUCCUGGGAAACUUCAAGAGGAAACUUGGGAUCAACAGGGAGCGUGUGCCUUUUAUCCUGACUUACGACUUUGUCCAUGUGAUCCAGCAAGGAAAGACGAACAACAGUGAGAAGUUUGAAAGGUUUAGGGAAUACUGUGAGCAGGCCUACAAGAUCCUGUGUCGAAAUGGGACGCUGUUUGUCAACUUAUUUGCAAUGAUGAAGGCAGCGGGGCUUCCUGAGCUCACCUCCUCCAAAGAUAUCCAGUAUUUAAAGGAUUCCUUGGCUCUGGGUAAAUCCGAGGACGAAGCGCUGAAGAGUUUCAAGGUGAAGUUCAACGAAGCUUUGCGUGAGAGCUGGAAGACGAAAGUCAACUGGAUGAUGCACUCAUUGGCCAAAGAUAACAGACCAUAAAGAGCACUGCAGUGGUGAAAAAAAUGCCAAGAAUAAUGACUUUUAACUUAUAGACUGAAGAAAAUAGGAAAUAUCUUUAUCUAUAUGACAUGGCAUUUAAACACAGCUGUCAGCAAAUGUUUACAGGCCAGUGGCUAUGAAACAACUAAACAGAGGCAUCCAAAGACACUGAGUCAUUACAACACAGGCAUUUUCGAAGCAAAGGACAUUCAUUCCUUUUAACUUUAUUUUCAUCUGCAAAGGAACUGUCUUUGCCAACCCAGACCAUAAAUAUAACCUGGAUACAGUGGAGGUUGCUACUUGAAAACCAUCAGUUCUUGCAAAGUGCAGUGGAAACAGAAAGUUCAUGUCCUGAUUGCAUUACUCAGCAGAGAGCGAGCUGCAGGCAGCCUGCGCCGUGACUUUAGAUAUCGCUCAGUCACCUUCAAGCAACUCAUGGCGAUGACUCUGCCACUUAUUUGAACUGCCUUUCUCCAACAGUGCUGUGUAUUUUUAUAUUGUGCUAUAUUUAAUUUUAUUGCUGUAGAGAACUUGUAAAUUCAUAAUGUGUAUUUUAAAUUAAUAUUCCGUCAGCGUGUCAUUUGGCCAUGAAGCUUAUGGAGUGCCAGUACACAUGAAGCAUUGUUCAGAAACUUGAGAUUUUGGUUUUAAUGAACACGCCAGAACAUUUGUUGCCUUGAAGAACUUUGCUAUAGAGCAAUUUUGCAUUAAAGCUUUUAAUGCUAUUGUUAAUCUGUUUUUUUUUUCUGAAAAGAAAGGAUCAGUUUAUGUGUGAGUAUGAUGCAGGAGGCGGUAACGUGUUGCUUUGCACAAAUACAGGAAACGGCAUUGCAUCUACCUACGUACAACUCUAAAUUUACCCAUCUGAUUGGUGUAAAGCGUAAGAGUUGCUUGUGGAAAGAAACACAGACUCAUUGUUUACCUCAUUUUUCUUCCUGCAAAACUAAGCAACUAAUGUCCUUACUCAUGUGUUUUAAUGAACCGUCCUAAAAAGGUUGUUUCUUGUGAAACUUGGAUGGAUUCAGUUUUAAAUGCCUGAACUCAGCUCUUAAGGACACAUAUCACGGCAGCUGGAGAAAGGAAACUUGAGAUGCUGUAAAGCAGUGAUAUUCUGUGAUAUUCUAUGAAGAAAGUAAAAGCUGAAAGCUUGGUACUUGAGGCAAUCGGUGGAUACAGAAAAGCCAUUCACUCGUGGAUGUACUACCCGUACUGUGAUGUUGGUCACACUGUUAAUAUCAGAGGUCAGUGCAGAUGAUGUGCACUCUCCUAUAGUGUAGACUGGUUUUAUAUGGAUGUGUGUGUGUUUAUUUUAAUGUUUCGGUUUUGCACUUCCACUGCAGUCCUAGCCAAAUGUGCUAGGUAACAUGGACAUAGAUUCAUGUUUUUAGGGUCAAUCCAUGUCAUAACAAAAUCAUUGCAGCACAAAAUGUUGUUUUAUUCAUUUUAAGUGAGACUGUGUACUGUUUGCCUUUAUCUCUAGGUGUUUUUUUAAAUAUUAUUACUUUACACCCUGGUUCCCCACUGUAUGUCCUGAAAGGACUGCGGCCUUUUUUUUGUAAAGAGUUCUUGUUAAAUAGCCACUUCAUAUUAUCAGUCUCUGUGCAAUGAUGACAGUAAGAGGUACAAUUGUAUUUUGGAGAUUUUACGGCACUGAGGCGACAUUACUCCUUAUUCUUGUCCUUUAAAAUGGGCUUCACUAACUACUGUUUAUUUUUAAGCAAUACAAGUGGAAAUUGGUUACAGUGUCUCUAAAUGUUUGGUAUUAUGCUGUUGCUUUUAAGCUUGAUUGUAAUUAUUUUAAAUGUUGGGAUAUGGUACAACUCCUUUAAAGUCCAGGCCAGAUCUUCAGUUUGCAGCUAAAGCGAAUAAAUUAUCCUCUGAAAAUAAAUUUGCAUCUUGUUUUUACUUUUGCCACAGUCGCUUUUGGGAUCGACUUAAUUCUGAAUUAAAA